AUGUUGUACUUUAUACUGGUGCUAGGACUUUCGGUAUUGGCUGUGGAUGCCGUACCGCCCUGUGGUAGCCGUACUCUGUGGGAACCUCAGGAUGGAAUCGUAAAUUCAAAUCCUGAACAAGAAAUUGUGCAGCUACGAAAUCAAUUUGUGCAACGUCAUUGGGAACUAAUGACUUUAAAUCUUAGGAAAAAGCUUACGAUAUUUGAACAGAAACUCGUAAAACUUGAAAAUGAAUUGGGGUUGCCUUCAGAGAUAACCGAUAUCGCUGGUAUCAACGACGGUGAGCCGAACCAAAUAUCUGCUGUUGAGAAAAUAAAUUCUACUGAUAUAAGUGAUGAUGGCGAGCUAAGUGAAAAUGAACCCGAACAACCUCUGCCAGAUAAUCUUAAACCUGCUGCUGAGAAAAUAUAUUUUACCGAUAUAAUGGAUGAUGAUGAGCCGAUGAAAUGCAAAUGGAAUAAUGAUUCCAACUUCGUAUGCACAAAUUUAUCGCUUGCCGAGAGUUGUGCCGAUUCAAAUAGCUUCAAUUGUCGUAAUGGACUGUGUCGCAUACGAAAUCACAUCUAUGGUCCCAAGUCAUUUUGGGUACCCUGUGAUGGCGAUUGGACAAUUAUCCAGCGACGUAUUAAUGGAACCGUGGAUUUUAAACGUAGUUGGAUGGAAUAUCGGACAGGCUUUGGAGAUUUGAAUGGAGAAUUUUGGCUCGGCUUAGAAAAGAUCCAUUCCCUAACAACUCUAUACGGAUACGCUGAACUUAAAAUUGAAAUGCAGGAUUUUCGCAAUGUCUGGGGUUACGCCCACUAUAGAUGGUUUUCUGUUGGCAAUGAAACCACAAAAUAUCAACUAACGGUGUGGGAUUAUAUUGUAUCAACUGCAGGGAACUCGUUCAAUGCGCAUAGAGACGAGCAUUUUUCAACAUUCGACCAAGACAAUGAUAAGAGCAGUGAGGAAAAUUGUGCCUCCGGAUUAAAUGGGGGUUGGUGGAAAUAUUAUUGCAAGACGAACCGCUACAUAAGCAAUUUGAAUGGAUUCUAUUACAAAGAUGGUUUCGUUCCCGAAGACAAGCCUGACA